CAGUAGAGAUCUGAUGAUCAGGAUGCAAGGAUCAAUCCUGCUCCUGCUCCUCCUAUCCCUUAUAUCAGCUGUAUAUUCUUCCUGCUAUAUCUCAAGUGCUAAGUGGGAUAAGGGAACCCCUAAAGUGAGUCAGACCUCUAAAACGGACCCUAGUAAGGUUCUUGUGGACUGGAGUGCGAUUAUCAAAAACAGCAAAUGUGUGGAUAAAUACUAUCUAUGGGUCUGGAAGGAUGGUCAGCAGAAGGGUCAAGGGAGGAAGUUUAUUAUCCCAGACAAAAAUACGCAAACAAAGAUUGUUGAUAUUGAACCAUGUGUUUUCCAUUAUUUCAGCAUAGAGUUGGAAGAAGAUGAUUCAAGUAACAGAGAUUUAAAGCCCAGUGAAACUGCUCGAUAUAACAGUGCAGCUCUACCUAGUUUUAACAGUAAUGAUGUUCUUAAACACUUUACUCUCGGAUAUUACCAGGAUCCUGUCUCCAAACAAUUCGACCUGACAAAGGCAAGCGUCAAGUUUGAGACUAAAUUCAUAACCUUCGCCAGCUGUAUCAAGCAUGUGGAGGUUACUGGGACUCGGAAAUCCGGAGCUGCGGGGUUAUCUUCUGCUCAGAGAACAGGAUCUACUCCGGCUCCUGUAACUACUACUGCAACUUAUCCUUCUAAUGAGAUAUCACCAAGGUUCGGAGAAUAUACUUGGGAACCAUACGGUACAGGGAGAAAUGUCGGAGGAAAUGGAGGGAAACCUUCCAGAGGAUGGGCAUACGAGAAUGGAGGUUAUAAUUCGGGGUCCAGAGGUCAAGCUGGAUAUAAUCCGGGCACUGGAGGCCAAGGAGGAUACAAUCCGGGCGCUGGAGGCCAAGCAGGAUAUAAUCCGGGCGCUGGAGGCCAAGGAGGAUAUAAUCCGGGCGCUGGAGGACAAGGAGGAUAUAAUUCUGGCUCUGGAGGCCAGGGAGGAUAUAAUCCGGGCGCCGGAGGCCAAGGAGGAUAUAAUCCCGGCGCUGGGGGCCAGGGAGGAUAUAAUCCGGGGUCUGGAGGCCAAGGAGGUCAAGGAUAUAAUCCUGGAACUACAAGUCGACCUGGAUCCACAACUUGGGGAUACAAUCCCGGAGGACGGCCUCCAACUGAUAAACCAGGCGGAGGCUGGAGCUACUCGACAACAGCUAGACCAGACUACAGUUCAACAAGUAGACCCGGAUACAGUGGUAAUGAUAAACCUAGUUUCUGGGGUUCAAGAUCUGCUUUCUCUAAACAGUUUCUCAGAAUGUCAACAGACAUUGCUCCGAAGGCCGCUGGACCUGUGAAGAAAAAUCCUCCUUUCUCCUCCGAUAUUGUCGAAGUUCUUGUUCCAAUCGAACCCUGCAAAGAGUAUGUGUUCGAGAUGAGAAUAAUCAAUCCACAGGAUAAAGAAAUUGGAAAGAUUUCAGGUUUAGAACUGCAAACUCUGGCUGAUAUUGAUGAUUUUAUCCCACCACCUCUUACCUCUGUCAUCCUGGUUGAGUUUAUAGGUGGAGGAAAGCACAGGGUUACAACUCAACCCAACAGUCCUGUUCCUGAAUCCUGUCUCCCUGACUAUAUGGAGGCUAUGGAUGCUUAUGCAAACAGACUUGAAACCGUGGCCAACGAUAAAGCGAACAAAAAUACGAGAACGAGAAAAUCUCAGUUUAAGGAACAGCAGAAGGUUGAAGUUACACAAGCUCAGAUACUCACAAACCAGGGUUGUGUUUGCUCUUCCCCUCGCAUAGAGCUUCUCUACGUUCCUAGUGGUUCAGAUCCGUCCGGAUAUAGUCAGUUUUCGUAUCUUCUCGGAGUAUAUCUAUAUGAAGGAAUCUGGGAUGGAAAGCCCUACUAUAAACAGGACCUGGAGCGGAGAAGUACUUCUGAGUUUAUUCCUAGAUCAAGCAGUGGAACCCGGAGAAAGAGGUUUAUUGGUAGAGUGGAUGGUGGAGGAACUACAACUACUAAACUACCCUGGAACUAUGGAGUAGCCGGAGUAUAUGACUGGAGAACAAGUACUACUAUCCGACCACCCGGAGUAGGUGGAUAUCAACCCUCAGGUUCAGGAACCUACACUACAAAGUGGGGUUCUCCUGUUACCACCACAAUUAUCCCUAUCAUUAGAGUUACAACAACUCCAGUUCCGUCUAAACCUGCUCCCACAGCUGCUCUGCUUCCUAGAUAUCUAUACUGGGAACCAACCAACAAACAAUGGUUGAUUUCUCCACAGGUUGGAGGAAAGGAGAGUGCUGCGGAGCUGUCUGCUGGCGGAAACAGUAAACUAUCCUGUCCUGCAGAUGCUCACCAGGGUUGGAGACGUGGAUCAGGAGUUACAAGAUCUGGAGGUCCCUGGACUGAAGAUUCAUCCUUCCAGCUCCGAUGUGCUCCGUCCUAUUAAUCCUGCUUUUUUCCACUUUCUACUUUUAAAUACUAUUCAAGUCCUACAUGUCCUAUUUGUCCUACUUGUCAUAUUUGUCCUACUUGUCAUAUUUGUCCUACUUGUCGUAUUUGUCCUACUUGUCUUAUAUGUCCUACAUUUCCUACAUUUACUACUUGUCCUACUUGUCCUUCUGGUCCUACUUUUCCUCCUUGUCCUACUUAUUCUACUUUUCCUAUUUGUCCUCCUUGUCCUACUCUGUCUACUAUUUCGGGCCAAUUUUCUAUUGUCCUAGGAGUCCUAGUCUUUGUUUCGUCCGGAGAUAGUUUAUGGACGAUAGAUAUUCAGUAAGAAUGUAGUUCAACGAUAAAUAAACUUAAUAACUUAAU